AUGUACGACGUGGCUUCAUCUUCCUCACUCUCCCCGGGUCGGUCCCAUGUGUGCAACUUCGCUUUCUCCCAGUCUCACCCCGAUCCCGAUUCCCCUCUGUCUAUUGAAUCCGAUUGGUUGUCCAAUGUGGAUCUCUCUGUUAGUUGUUCCUCUCCCAGCAGUGCCUCCGGUGUAUCCCCACUUCCGCCUGUGAUCCGUGAAACGCGUCAUGAUCCCCAACAUGUCCUGUCCAAUAAAAAAUCGCGAUUUUUCCGCUCCACCCGUGUGUGGAAACCCACCGGGCGUUGUCCGAAUCCAGUACGAUCCAAUCUCAUGUCCACAACUCGAUUGCAUACAACCAAACCUUUCAGACAUUUGGCUCCUCGUGAUGCGCGUCCCACGGACCCCCAUACAUUUAUCUCGAUUCCCGGAACUCGCAAACGAUCUAUGUGCUUGUCCCGGCCUUUACGUGGUUCAUCUAUCCAGAUGAGUCGUGAGGAUGCAUCGCGUCUGCUGGGCACAUCCGCCCACGGUUACCCCCUAUCCACAGCAUUACCAGCAUCCGCUGCUGCUGCUACU